AUGUGGGCCCUACGGGCCGCCGUCCGCCCGGGGACCUGGCUCUCUCGCGUGGUUCUCGGCCGCGGGGCUCCGAGAGCUGCGCUGCCGCUGCCGGCCUGCCUCCAUCGCGCGCUCGCCGCCUUCGGCCCCGGGGGCCUCAAGGGGCGAGGAGGUGGAGGACGGGGCCCACGGGCUGAUGGCCCGAGAAGCCGAGCGGGAGAGGAGGAGGAGCCAGAAGAUGCGGAGGAGGAGGAAGCGGAGGAGGAGGAGCUAUUGAGGAGGGACCCUUUGCUGCCAGUGGGGACCCAGCGCGUGUGCCUGAUUCACCCUGAGGUCAAGCGGGGACCGGGGAAGCCGCAGCUGACCCGAGCUGAGUGGCAGGUGGCAGAGGCAGAAGCACUGGUCCACACACUGGGUGGCUGGUCGGUGGCGGACAGGAUGGUGGUACCCAGCAAAACACCAGAUGGGAAGCUCAUCUUCGGCAGAGGGACCUUAGAGAACCUGACAGAGAAAAUCAGAGGGUCGCCAGACAUCACAGCGGUCUUUCUGAAUGUGGAGAGGCUGGCCACGCCUACCAAGAAGGACCUGGAAGCCGCCUGGGGUGUGCAGGUAUUGGACCGAUUCACGGUCGUCCUCCACAUUUUCCGCUGCAAUGCCCGGACCAGGGAAGCGCGGCUGCAGGUGGCCCUGGCCGAGCUCCCCCUUCUCAGGUCCCAGCUGAAAAGCAGCAUUGCCCACCCGGAUGGACGAGGAGGGGGCUCGCGCUACAUCAUGGGGUCAGGAGAAUCGUUCAUGCAGCUGCAACAGCGCCUCUUGAAGGAAAAGGAGAUAAAGAUCCGGAAGGCCCUGGAGAGACUGAGGAAGAAAAGGCGUCUCCUGGGGAAGCAGCGGAGGCGGCAGGAGUUUCCUGUGAUCUCUGUGGUGGGAUACACAAACUGCGGAAAAACCACGCUGAUUAAGGCCCUGACAGACGACGAUGCUGUCCAGCCCCGGGAUCAGCUGUUUGCGACCCUGGACGUCACAGCCCAUGCUGGGUGGCUGCCCUCCCGCAUGGCUGUCAUUUACAUGGACACCAUCGGCUUCCUCUCCCAGCUGCCCCACAGCCUGAUUGAGUCCUUCUCCGCUACCCUGGAAGACCUGGCUCAUUCAGAUCUGAUCGUCCACGUGAGAGACGUGAGCCACCCUGAGACGGAGCUGCAGAAAGCCAGCGUUCUGUCCACUCUGCGCGGCCUACACCUGCCCGCCCCGCUCCUGGACUCCGUGCUGGAAGUUCAUAACAAGGUGGACCUGGUGCCCAGGUAUAGCCCGGCGGGACCACAGGCUGUCGCCGUGUCCGCUCUCCUGGGGCGCGGGCUCCCGGAGCUGAGAGCCCGGCUGGAAGACGCCAUUCUGAGAGCCACGGGAAGACAGGUCCUCACCCUCCGGGUCCGGCUGGCGGGCACGCAGCUGAGCUGGCUGCAUCGGGAGGCCACGGUGCAGGAGGUGGACGUGAUUCCCGAGGCCGGCGUGGCUGACGUCAGGGUCGUCAUCAGCAGCUCCGCCUACGGCAAGUUCAGGAAGCUCUUCCCCGAGUGAGUGGACACUGUGUGGGUUCAGCCGUCCACUGAAGCGGCCGCCGUCCCCUCCGUGGCUGCUCAGGGUGGAAGGGCUGGUGGCUGCCUGCUGUGGCUGGAAGUCAAAGCUCAGCUUGCAGGCGGACUGAGCGGUUCUGGUUCCCGGGGGAUCGAGCAUGCCUCGUGAGAGCUGGCGUCCCUCCCGCAGCGUUUCGGCUACAAGAUAUUCAAAGCUCUGCUCGUGUUUGUAGACCAGUCUUCCUGCUGCUUCCGUGUGUGGGCCGCCCUGCGGAGGUCCUGCCCGUGGUGGCCGCGAGAGGGCCAGUUGGGGUUUCCCCAUCUGCUGUGUGUCACAGACUCACAGCUGCUCCCCACGGAGCGUCCUGGAAUUGGGACAGUCUCCCGGCCACCCAGAAGUCUCUCUGCACGGUUCGAGGAGAAAACACGGUGUGUCACUGAAUCAGCACAAAGCCGGGGUGCUCCGUGCUCACAGGCAGCCGGCUCCGACGAGGGAGAGACAGGAGGGACCUCGCCUUCCCCACGGCCUGUCACGGACCUGGGCUGUCUUCACCGCAGGUCCCAGGACACGCACCCUGCGGCGCAGAACUGGACGCCAGUCCCUCCGCUUUUAGAGACAUUCGUACACGUCUGAGCGUGGCGCCGUUGCCCGUUCUCUGGAGGGAACGCUGACGUGAGAGGCCUCUGUUGCCGCCCUGGGAAAUGCUUCGCUUCGUUUUCCCCCUUCGAAGUGUGUUCACCCUUACAGCAGUGUUUUGUGAGUGAUUCCAGAUUUCAGCAUUCAGGGAUUAAAAAUUAAAAAAAAAAUCUGUAGCCUGCCUUGGGGCAUGCAGGGGGGUGUGUCUUUCCUGAAGACGGGAGAGCCUUCUCCUUACUGGAGUCCUGAGAUGUGAGGACAGAGCAGAGGCUGAGUUGGGGAAACUGAGGUCCCCGCAGUGCUGGUGUGGAAGAAUGAGGAGGAGCCGGGAUCGAGGAAAGCAGGGAGCACGGGAGCCGGGUUCUCGCCAGAAGGACCCAGCCCCUGACCUUGGCCCAGUCAGACCCAUGUCAGCGCCCUGGCUUCCAGAACCGUUUCGAGAAUAAAUCCCUGUGCUCUGAAGCCCCCACAUGUGAUCAUCUGUCCCAGCGGCCCUGGGACACUCAGGCGCAGGGUCCUGGGGUGUCGGUGGACAGGACUGGACGACAUCGCCCCGCGAGCUGGCUGUGUGCUGGGACGGCCUCACCCCCUCCUCCCACAGGGGCCCCGAGGGCUGAGUGUGGAGCUGAUACGAGGUCCUCUGCACUGUCGGGCCCACACAGUGGACGCGGAUGGCGCAAGGUCCCCCAGCACCGUCCAGGCCAGUUCAGCGGCUCAGUGGACUGGAGGUGCGAGGCCCCCCAGCCCCAUCCGGGCCAGCUCAGUGGACUGGGGGUGCCCGAGGUCCCCCAGCACCGUCUGGGCCGGCUCAGUGGACUGGGGAGCGCGAGAUCCCACGCAGCACCUUCCGGGCCGGCUCAGUGGACUGGGGGUCACGAGGUCCCCCAGCCCCGUCCGGGCCGGCUCAGUGGACUGGGGGGCGCGAGGUCCCCCAACCCCAUCCGGGCCGGCUCAGUGGACGGGGGGGGCGCGAGAUCCCAUGCAGCACCGUCCGGGCCGGCUCAGUGGACGGGGGGCGUGAGGUCCCCCAGCCCCGUCCGGGCCGGCUCAGUGGCCAGGGCAGGCGUGAAGUCCCGCGGCACUGGCCCAGUCGGCCCAGUGGCCGGGGCGGGCUGCAGGACGGCCCAGGUGUGGCUGGCGUCAGGACACCUGCCGCCUCUGGCAAGGCUGAUCAGUCCAGGAGACCCGCCAGGCUUUCUGCUUCACUCAGCUCAGCCCCUGGGGGAUUUACUCCUACGGGGUCUCCAAACAGACCCCAGGGGGCAGGGAAGCAUCCUGCAUGGGCCGCCCCAACCCCUGAGGCCCAGCCCAGUCCACAUGCCCCUGGGUGUGUGCUCCACUCUGCCCUGAGCCCCCUCGGCCGUGCUCUGCCCGGUCCCUACGCCAGGGGCACAUACAUCUCCCCAGACCCCCUCUCCGGGCUCUGACCGCUCCACCCCAAUUCCUCCCUGUGCAGGAGACACAAGGAAGGGGUGGGCAUGGGUCAGGCCUCUGGUCCCUCACUCUCCUCCUGGCACCCCCCCUUCCCCCUGCCGCCUGGUAUCCCCACCCCGUCCCAAAGGCCCCACCCCAAGGACUGGAGACUGCAGGGUCCUGACAUCUGCUGUGGAUGCUUAUCACAGUGGGGUCUUGCUGAGGAGGUGGCUGGGGGUUCCAGGGGGCCUGCAACAGAGGGCUGGGGGCCUCGGGGGGCCUGGGAGGGAGAGUCAGGGGGCUUCUGGGUCCUAGGAGGGAGGGCCACAGGUUUCAGGGGCCACACAGAGAGGGUAUCGAGCUUCCCAUCAGGGGGAACAGGUACAAGACCGCCCCCCACCCCGCUCCCCCUGCCAGCACCCAGGCUUCCCCAAGACCCCUCUGUCUGCAGAUGGGCUUCUCCCCUCCCAACUGCGGGGCCCACCGUGCCCAGAGGAGCCGGGCCCUGAGAACAAAGCCACGUGCUGGGAGGGCGGCAGUCACUGCAGGAAGGGAGCCCACCCAGACCCCCGCAGUGCCCCCACCCCAGAUCUGACAUGGGACCAAAUAUGGGCUUGACCCAGAGCCGCCAUCACGAGAUAGUCGUUCACCCAGCCGACCACGCACACUGCCGGGCGCUGUGAAGAGCUGAACCACACCGCCGCCUCCUCUGAGGGCUGGCCGUCCACACCUUCAGCCACGGCGUUGUCGUCUGCCAGGCAGAUCCCUCAGAGAGCUCACCCCUCGGAUACAAGUCUCAUCUUUAAAAUUAACUACACGGGGCCAGGGGGACACCUGGCUGGUCCAGUCGGUGGACCUCGGGGUUGUAGGUUUGAGCCUCACCUUGGGUGUAGAGUUUACUUGAAAGUAAAAUCUUCAGGGCGCCUGGCUGGCUCAGUCGGUUAACCGUCUGCCUUCGGGUCAGGUCAUGGUCCCAGGGUCCUGGGAUCGAGCCCCGCAUCGGGCUCCCUGCUCCACGGGAAGCCUGCUUCUCCCUCUCCCACUUCCCCCUGCUUGUGCUCACUCUCUCCCUCUGUCAAAAAUAAAAUCUUAAAAAAAAAAUUUUUUUAAUUAAAAAAAAAAGGUAAAGGGGCGCCUGGGUGGCUCAGUCGUUAAGUGUCUGCCUUCGGCUCGGGUCAUGAUCCCGGAGUCCUGGGAUCGAGCCCCACAUCGGGCUCCCUGCUCGGUGGGAAGCCUGCUUCUCCCUCUCCCACUCCCCCUGCUUGUGUUCCCUCUCUCGCUGUGUCUCUCUCUGUCAAAUAAAUAAAUAAAAUCUUUAAAAAAAAAAAAGGUAAAAUCUUCAAAAAAAAUGAAAUGAAGUGUGUAAUCUUUCCUUCAUGUCUGCACUGAGGAACUUAAAAUACCACAGAACUCAAAAGUUGCAUCCAGGGGCACCUGGGUGGCUCAAUCGGUGAAGCAUCUGCCUUCAGUUCAGGUCGUGAUCUCGGGGUCCUGGGAUCGAGCCCUGCGUCAGUUUUCCCACUUAGCGGGGAGUCUGCUUCUCCCUCUGCCUCUGCCCCCCAUUCGUGCUCACACUCUCUCUUUC